AUGCAUGAGCACAAGCAAAAGUCAGCUAGUACUGUGAAUCAUAUUCUUAAAUUUGUUUUACGAGAGUUGAGGGAUGUGUUUGGAGUUAACUUUAGAGAAUUCAAUACAGUCAUGAGACAUGAUUGUGGUAAAGAGUUUGUGAACAAGACUAUUAGUGCAACCUUGGCCAAGUUUGGCAUUAUUGAUUCCAACACAAACCCUUAUUCCCCUGAAGAGAAUGGUCUUGUAGAAAGACCGAAUUGCACUGUCAAAAUGGGAAUCGACCUCAAAAUGCGUGAUGAAAAUGAAUCUACUUGGACGGGAACAUUACCAACAGUGAUUAGUAAUUACAACAACACUAUUCAUUCUGUUACUCAGAGAACACCAAAGGAAGUUCUAAAUCAAAUUGCUCCAAUUCGAUUGAAGGACAAGUCAUCAAGAGAACAAGCAGAGAUUCGUAUCAACGUUAAAUUGUUAGUCCAUGAUAUACGUUUGAUCAAGCAAAAGGAAAGAGUGAACAAGAGAAGGGCAAAGGCAAAUGGAUCCGUUGGUUUACAAGAUUUUCAGAUUGGUCAGAUGAUAAUGGUUUCCAAACCACCAUACGCCAAAAGUAUAACUAUCUCCGUUGGAAGUCCUAGCAAGAGAAAGGCAAAGAUAGUAAGAGCAACGGAAGGCUUUAAAUUCUUUGUUCAAUGGCAGAGAACAGGAGGGUUUUUGCCACAAGAAAAGCCAUUUACGGAAUCAGUGUAUCCAAUAGAUCCAAAAUUCUUUUCAAAUAGGUUUCUUGGUUGUGAUAAGGAGCUUGCAUCCAAUACCGAAGAAAUGUUUGAAGAAGUGUGUGAUAAUGAGUCUGGUGGAGAUGGUGAGAGCAUGAACCAAUUUGUCGAAGAAUCAAGUCAAACCUUCCAAAUUUGUUCCUGA